GUCGACCCGGCCGGCCUCCCCACCUGAAUCCAGAUCCCUCUCCGCUCCGCUCUCCUCACCUACCUCGUCGCCACGGACAAAAACCCCGGCCGCUCUCCACCCUGAACCGCCGAGCCGCGGCGUCGAUGCAGUCGCCGGAGUCCUCCUCCUCCGCCGCGCCGGUCCUCCUCAACAUCGGGGGGACGAAGUACGCGACCACCGCCGAGACGCUCACGCAGCGGGAGCCCGACUCCAUGCUCGCCGCCAUGUUCAGCGGCAGGCACACGCUCCCGCACCACCCCACCACGGGGGCGGUGUUCGUGGACAGGGAUGGGAAGCAUUUCAGGCACAUCCUCAAUUGGCUAAGGGACGGUGCCAUCCCCACGCUCUCAGAAUCCGAGUACCACCAACUCCUGCGAGAAGCGGAGUACUACCAGUUGCUCGGUUUGGCUGAUUACAUAAAUGAGAAAUUGGCUUUGAAAAAGACUGACAAUUUGUGCGAGGCCGAAUUGACACGCAAAGAUGUGAUCAAGUGCAUUCAAGCCCAGAAAAUCAGAUUUCGUGGCCUGAAUCUAUCCGGCCUUGAUCUAUCUAAGCUUGACUUAUCAGAGGUGGACUUCAGCUAUGCGUGCAUCGAGAGAACCAACUUUUCGUGUGCUAAUCUUCAUAAAGCGAAGUUUAGGCUGGUGGAAGCUGCACAUUCUUCAUUUGAACAGGCAAAUUUACAUGAGUGUGAGCUUACUGGAGCAAAUCUUCAAGAAGCUGUCCUAGACAGAGCAAACGUUCAAAGCGCAAACCUGCAAGAUGCAUGCUUAACGGGAUGUAGCUUCAUUGAGACAGAUGUCCGUUCAGCCCAUUUACAGAAUGCUAAUCUUACGGGUGCCGAUUUGAAUGGAGCUAACCUUGAAGGGGCCAAUCUCAAGGGGGCUAAGUUGUCAGGUGCAAACUUGCAAGGGGCAAAUCUUCAGCGAGCCUACUUGAGAGAAGUUGAUUUGCGUGAAACUGAUUUAACCGGUGCUAAGCUUGGAGGAGCAAAUCUUCUUGGAGCUAUCAGAUAGUACAAGAGAGGCUGACAUCAUGUACACUUUACAAAAUUGAUCUGUCACCUACAAUGUCUUGCGGUUUUGAUCUUAGUGGUUGUGAUGGAAAAGAGCAGUACAUCUGAAGAAAAACUCAAAUGCAAAUGGGUACGCAAACGAUCAGGCAUUUGGUGUACCAAAACACAUGCACGCCGGGGCAAAUAGUUUCUUGCUAUGCCUCUCAGUGUUGAUUGUUGUACAAAGAAUUGUUAUAUCACACUCCGGCUAGAAUUCGAUGAGUCUGGCUAGUUGUUAAUGUUAGAUACCUGUGCUAAAUCUUCAUCGUGUUGCAAGGAAUUCGAUAUGUGCACAGCUGUUGCAUAUGGGGAUGCUGUAUCUGUAUCUGAAUUGUUGGAGGAGGCUGCUGUAUGCUGUUUCUUCUGCGUGGAUUGCAAAGGAUACGUGGUGUAUGCCUGGUUUGUGGAUUGUUCCAGGCACUUGCGUUCUCAGAGCAGUC